AUGCGGCCGUGCGUGCUUUUUUCGCUGAUGGCAUGGAUCUGUGUGCAUGGCGUGCGCGAUGUUGUAGAUGAGGAGGCGAUGAGGCAUAGACCUUCCAGGCACGAGGAUCAGCAUCGGCAGCUGCAGGUGGAGCCUGGGGAUUCCGAUGGAAUUGACGAGGAUGAGGAGGAUGACGCGGAAGAACCCGAUAGAGAAAAGGAUGCCUUUGCAGGGACUGCAGAGGACGGAGUUCAGAUUGAGGGAGCAGUGGCGGAGUUCAGCAGCGCCACCAAGGAUGCGGAGAACAAAGCCAAGCAGGUGGACAAAAACUUUGCCGACUACAAUGGAAGGCUAGGAGAUCUUCAAGAUCAGUUGCGCAAGCUAUCGGCUAUGGCCAGAAGCUACCACAUGCAGACAAUCAAGUGGUUCAAGAACGCCGAGCAAGACAAGUACUCACCCAUUGCCAACAUGCCGCUGGAUACAUUCAAGAUCUCCAAGAGCAAGGAUGAUUUUCCUCUAGAGUCGGUGUCGUAG